UGGGGGUGAAAGAAAGGGUGUUUGAAGAAAUCAGGGGUAUGUAUAAAAGCUGUGUCAACCACUCGGAUCAGUUGGUCUUCCCCUCUAAACACGGGAAGCGUCGUCGGGAAUGUGGAUCUUUUCUCUCACAAAUCUCUGCACUUUAUGGCACAAAAAUGUCUCUCCGAUUCGCUAAAUUCCCUCCUAGCGGUGCUUGAUUUUUCCAUUUGAAGAGGGAUUUGAUGACCCCAUUGAUUAUCUGUAGGAAUUUUCGCCUGGGCAUGUUUGAUUUCACCGACUUUCCCAACCUAUAAGCUGGAUUUAAUCUAUCAUGAAUAUUCACUCCUACGGGUCUGGAAGUCCCAAGUCCUUCCACGCUUACCCAAGAGGCGACUUUGAUUUAGAAUCAGGAUCCACCAAGAAAGCCAGAAAGCCGAAAAGCUCUCCAUUUCAGCCCAUCAAAAUGCUUAAAUCCCUUGGAACACGAAUUCACUACUAUUACAAGCUUCACCCACUUGUUGUCUUCUUUAUUUCUCUGUCAUUUGGGCUCACAGUUCUCAUAAUUCUAUCUGUAUAUGAAAGCCAAUUUCGAGCCAUGAGUAAUUACCAAAAAUUGAGUAUGGGUUACAAUGAUUAUCCGUUUACCAAGCUUCAGAACCUUGUAAUGGUUGCUGGGCAUUCGGUGUUUACAAGUAGUAGUUGUGGGAAAGUUGACAAGGAGGAUUCCUGGUUUUUGGAGUCUUAUCAGAAGCAUCCUGGUCAAGCUGCAACCUUUUUGGCCCACAUAAAGGAGGGGGUUGAAAUUGCAGCAAAAGAUGAUGGAGCUUUGCUUUUGUUUAGUGGUGGAGAGACUCGGAAAGAUGCUGGUCCUCGGAGUGAGGCACAGAGUUACUGGGCUGUGGCUGAAUCGGAAGGAUGGUUUGGCAAGCAAGAAGCUGUCAGAUGGAAGGCACUAACAGAAGAGCAUGCAAGAGACAGCUUCGAGAAUCUUCUCUUUAGUGUGUGUCGGUUCCGGGAGCUUACUGGCUCAUACCCUCACAAUAUAACUGUUGUAAGUUACGAUUUCAAGGAGGAGAGAUUUGCAUAUCUACAUCGUUCUGCAAUUGGGUUCCCAGAGUCGAGGUUCUUCUACUCAGGCACCCCAGCUUCAUCAACUUCAAAAGAAGCGGCUAUGAAGGGUGAAGCUUUAGUAAUGGCUCAAUUCCAUGACGAUCCCUAUGGGUGUUCCAGUUCACUUCGUCGUAAAAAACUGGGCCGUGAUCCUUUUCACCGGACGAUACCAUAUCCUAAUGGAUGCCCUGAAAUUGAAGGACUGUUCAAAUACUGUGGGGCAGCUCCAUAUCCAGGAUCCCUUCCUUGGGCUUCAUAAAGUAACCUUAAUAUUUAACCUUUUUUGACCUGUUACAGUGUAAAACCUCCUAAACCACCACCAAAUAGAUACUUGAUAUGACAAUAACAGUAAGCUUGUUUUUCUAGUAAUUUUUGUAUUCAGUUUUUAGGAAUAUGGAAAUACAAGAUUCGUUUGGCUGUUUGCAUAGAAAAUGUGAUAGAAUCACACCAUUAGAUGACAAGUCAAGAUUUAUGGAGCUUUUUCUAUA